AUGAUCUCGCAAGCACUAUGCAUUUCUCUGUGGGCGAUUUCCGCGUCCGCCUUCUGGCCGGGUUUGAGCAAUGAAGCUCAUGGUGCUCAAAUCCCUGUCCUGAGCCCAUCUGCGGAAUCUGUAUCAGCAACCGCAGAACUACCGUUCGUGGACCUGGGCUACACUAAACAUAGAGCGAUCAGCAACCCUAAUCCUGACCUCUACAAGUUUCAAAGUAUUCGCUAUGCAGCGCCACCGACCGGCGACUUGCGCUUUAGAGCUCCGCAGGCCCCGGUCGACAACCCGACAGGCGAGGUUGAAGACGGCCGUGGCAGGAAGGAGUGCCUUCAAGCGAUGGUAAAGUGGGCGGACACUUUCCCACCCGAGCCAUGCGAUGAUUGUGAAUGCUGCGAAGAAGAUAAUAACUACGGGGAAUGCCAUAAGCCUUGUGAUUCAGGGGAGCGUGGCAAGGAGCCUCCCAAGCAGCUAUUUGGAGGGUUUCAGCCAGCUUUCAACCUUAAAAAUCCGAAUCUGUACUCCGAAGACUGCCUAUUUCUUGAUGUCUGGACCCCAAAGGCCGCCUUUGAUGGAAAGCAAAAGAAGCCUGUGCUCGUCUGGAUCUAUGGUGGCGCCUAUGUCUUUGGUGGCAAGUCCCUUUACUUUCCCGGAGGGCUGAUGGAUCGCGCCAUGGUAAAUGACCGAGGCGGCAUGAUUUUUGUUGCGAUGAAUUAUCGUAUGGGAGCCUUGGGUUUUGCAGCCGGCCGUGAUAUCGAAGAUAAAGAUAUCAAUGCAGGGCUACUUGAUCAACAGAAAGCCCUACAGUGGGUACAAGAUCACAUCGACAAGUUUGGAGGCGAUCCAAAUCAAGUCACCAUUGUUGGGCUUUCGGCCGGAGGAGGCUCCGUAUUGCACCACCUCACCGCCUAUGGUGGUCAGAAAGGGGCACUAUUUCAGCGCGCUAUCUCCCUCUCGGGAGGCUGGCAACCAAUCACAGAUCAAACGACGGCGGAAAGCACGUUUCGGGAGUUUAUGACAAAGUACAACGGCGUCUCGACCUUGGCGGACCUGCGGGACCUGCGUAAGGUAUCAGAAGCGCAGAUGAUGGAGGCAAAUCUCCAGCAGAUACAAAACGCACCGCCUGGCUCCUUUCUAUAUAAUCCAACAGCGUGGGGGGACUUUGCUCCUGAGUCUCCCGCUAAGCUGCUUAAAAAUGGAGAGUUUUUACACGAUGUACAACUCAUUCUUUCCCAUGUUUUUAACGAGGGUGGCCAGUUUGCAAAGUCAUUCGAAGACCAGGGUACCACCGUGCCAGGCUUCCUUGAUCUCGCAUUUCCAAACGUUACCAAGGACGAGAAAGAGUGGAUCUUAGAAACAUAUCACUCUGGAUAUAACGAUGCCGAGGAUGUCGCAAUGAUUAUUGGCGAUGCCACGUUCCGCUGUCACGUUACAUAUACCAGUGAUGCAAAAAGCGAUCAAGUCUGGCGGCAGAGGUGGAACACGGUUCACAGCAGAUCACAUGGGGGUGAUUUGCUUUAUCUCUUCUACCAACCAUUCGUGCCAGUGGCGUCAAUUCGCGCGGCACGCAUACUACAGGAUUAUGUAGUUACUUUCGUCACAAGCGGGAAUCCAACAACGACUGUCACCAAUCCCAGUGGGUUUCGGCAGCCAGCGCCGUACCAUCAGUAUAGUAUGGAUAACAAAGUUCAAUUUUUCGACUCGGGAAUCUUGAGAUUCCCUAAUGUGUGGCGCGGGGAUGCUGAAUCAGAGGACUUGUGCCGCGUGUGGCAGCAGAUGUCAUGCACAUAA